CGACUUGUGAAAUUUGAGUGAUGUUAUGUAUUUCCCUGCAGAGAAAAUUUUCAUUUUUUUUAUGAGAUAGUAGGAUAGUAUAGGUUAAUAUUAUAAAUGUGAAAAUGGCAAUCUGUUUGCGUACAUUUUCGCAUAAGAUUUUGCCAAUCAACGGAAUAGUUACUACUAAAAAUCAUUCCAAUCGACUCACCCGGAAAAUUCCAGUGCGGACACAAUUUCUGGAAGACUUUCUCAGCAGACGUCGCAUAUCCAGUUGCCAGGUCGCAACAAAAUGUGCUACGGAAGCGAAUAUAGACGAUGCGUACAUUCAACAGAUUGUUAUCGCCAACAAUUAUAUAAAUCGAAACACGAACGAAAAGAACCCUAACCUAACCUUAAAAGAGGAAAUAGAUUUCCGAAACACUGAGGAAUUGAUGAAAAAGAAUGAGAACCUUCGAAACUAUUUCAAUUACCGUACAGAUGGUAUGAAUGUGCUAGGUUUGACAAAUGAUGAUUAUAUAGAACAGAAGAGUUCUUAUAAUUUUAAUGUAAUGCCAUCUAUUAGUAUGAAUGAUGUAGACUUUUCGAAAUGCGAUGAGGACAUAGAACCUACAUGUCUAUCAGACUUUGAACGUGAUGCAGUAGCAUAUUGCAGAGGGCCUACAGUUGCAGCACAGAUCUCCCAGCCAACCUCAGAGCCAAGUCAGGAUGGCAAACCCAGUGAAGAACAACUCAUGAAGGUGUUUCAUACACUUUCUACAACUAUGCCAAGCUUGUUUGUGAAGCCGUUAGACUACUCCAUCUAUCAUCCAAACUUGGUCUUUGUUAACAAUAUUAGAGGAGUCACAACAAUAGGCUUGUUCCACUACGUAAGGCAAGUAGCACUCUUGCGCACAGUAGCACAUAUCAAAUUCGCCUAUGUCAACUUUGAAGUUUUAAAAAUUACUGCUCAUCCGGAAGACUCCUCAGUCAAGAUGAGAUGGCGAAUCAGGGGAAUCUCGGGGCUCAAAGUGUUCUUCAUGUUUUGGAAAUACAAACUGUGGAACCUAAAACAAGUGUUUCAAGAUCAAGAAUUAUGGUACGAUGGGUUUUCUACAUUUUAUGUUGGAUCUGAUGGUCUCAUUCAGAAGCAUAUUGCUGACAAGGUAAUGCCAGACCAAGAUAGGAUAAUUGAUGAUGAAGAAAAAGCGCCGAUUGCUGCUAAGAUCGCACUUCUGAUCGGUCUUCUUCCCCGAAAUUUUCUAUCUGAUGCAUCUCCAUGUUUCACAUCAACACCUGGUAUUUCCGACUGUACAGAAAUUCCCUUCAAAGUUUUAGAAUAAAAUCUAAGUUGCCAUCUUACCAUAGUGCUAUGUGCGUAGACAUGAAGAUUCUAGAUUUGCCUCAGACUACUAAAUUACUACAGGAAAGAGAAAAAUGAAACAAUUACAAGCAA